AUGGGAUCCAAUGCAAUAUCUGCUCAGCUGAUUCUGUUCGCGUCUUUGUUUUGGAUGCGACUGACAUCCGCUGAACAGGUAGCCUUGGUGGAAAUCUCCCUGCAGGGACGCCAGGGCAUCAGUAACACUUUACGUGGAGAAGUGAUCGAGGGUAGUUUAAGCGACAAGAGCCCGGAUAGAAAGGGAAAUGACAAUCUUAAAGGAGACCUGCGUUUACUACAUGAAGAUGAAACCCUAAAUGGCGACGAACGUGAACCCAGGAUUGACACUAAGGGGAAGAAUCCUUGGAUAGGUGUCGUUCCUGUCGAAGUGGAAGAUGUCAAAAGCCCGGGUGGUAGUCAUGAGUCCUUCGCAGCUGCCAUGGUCAAUAAGAUGAAACGAGCACUUGUUUUAGGAGCAUCUGCACUAAUUAUCAUGGCCCUCAACCAGAACACCGUGAGAGAGAUGGAUCUCUCUCAAGUGCUGUCAAAACCCAUCAUAGUCAUCCAGACAUCUGAAAAUGUCACAAAACUCAUUGGAGCACUCCUAAGGGGCCUUCAUGCAACCGCAAAAAUCACAUACAAGACCUUUCUAAAGGAUAACUUGGGGGCUACCCUGACUUUAUGGUCGAGCUGUGGGCGCUCUAGAGGUGGUCUGUACGGAGAGUGGCAAGGGGUCAUCUGUACUGGAGAGACCAACUCCCAGGUCCAGAAAUACCUGCAGCAGUUGUGGAACACGGUCGUCCUGGUGGCGCUCAUCCUCUCCACUGGUGUUCUGGUUCAAGCUCGCUGGCAGUAUCAGGACAACCAGUUCAGCGAUGACCUGGAGUUACUUCCCAAACAGGACAUCAUGAAGAGGCUGUCUACUCUGAAAACGAGGACUUACUUCCAGCCGAAGACAUGGGGUGACUCCUCACAGCCCACAGAAACAGACAACUGUGCUGUCUGUCUAGAACAGUUCAAUAACAACCAGUGUUUGAGAGUGUUGCCCUGCCUGCACGAGUUCCACAGAGACUGCGUGGACCCCUGGCUGGUGCUUCAGCAGACCUGUCCUUUAUGCAAGCGUAGUGUACUUGGUCAUUUUUGUUAACAGCUGGCAUGAAGUGUUGGAUCAGGACAGGAGGAACAAGACCCCAUCUUGGAAAUGUGUUUGUGUCUCUAACGUCUUCCUGAGUACUGUACCGAGGAGAGCCCUUGGUGUGAGCGGAUCUCCACUGACUGCACAAACAUUGCUCACACCCCAGACAGACUGUGACAUUUUGGGGGUGAACAGCAGCCUGAACUACAGGAACUAGAAAAGUAGUAUUACUGUAUCUAUGGCCUUGAACAGUGUUCUUCUGACAGUAGUCUAGUGAAUAGAAUCUGUUACACUCUAGUUUUAGUACUGUUUAGUUUAGUACUUUAGUUCUUGUUUUUCAGUGCUUGUUGGCACAGAAUCUCUCUGUAGGGUCGAUCUGUGUGAGACCAUUCAGCAUUUAAAGCUAUCUAAGGAUACAUGUUCUCUGCAAGUAUGCCUGGACUGGGCAUCAUAUGGAUAGUGUUACAUAUAUUUUUCGAGCCAACUGUUUAACAGUAUAACUGUGUUACAAUAUAAUAUUUUUUAUUUAAUGUUUUUAAUCCAAAGCAUGGCUAACAAAUGUUCUAUUUAUGCCCAGAAAAGAUGUUCAUUCUCAGUUCAGACUGAAAAGGAACAAGCCCCUGAAUAUAGAUGGACCACCAAUAUGCUCAUAAACUAUGUGAUUUGAACUAUAUUUAGUCACUUACGAAACACUAGAAAAACAUGGUCAGUAUUCAAAAUAGAUGCUGAAUAUGUUGGGUUAUUAGAGCGCUUACCCAAUAAAGUACGAAGUGUUUCGUACUUUAUUAGAAGUACAAAGUUCAUAUGACCAGGACCUUACCUGCUGUAUAGUCUUAACAUUUCAAGGCACUCCAACAGGCCAGUCUGAAGUCAGUUAAUUACUGAAAGAACUGGUACAUUUCAAUUAAUCUUCAACAGACCAACCUCUCAAAGCUACUCAGUACUGCUGUAAGGGAGGAACCUUUAAGCAAAUAAACUCUCAGAAAAGACCAAGCUCAGACCUAAAGGGUCACUUUCCACCAUGAGGUGUACAUUAUACGAACAUUUGACAAAUUGACAAGGAAAAAGUGCUUGCUUAAUUUAUUUAUUGUGUUUUUUUUUCCCUUUCCUUUUACUCUUGCUUCAAGAAAAGCAAUCAUAAAAAUGUCCUCUUACAAAAAAGCAUGUUGUUGAACAUCGCUAUGCAUGAUGGCACUCACUAUGUUUCGCCGGAAACUCCUGAAUGAUCUUCCCCAAAGCUGACCUCAGUGGCUAGCAGACCAUGAAGAGCUAAGAGCUCUGAGAGCUCGUCUGUUAGUCUCUACAGCCCCUGUUCAGACCUCGGUUUAAGAUGUCUACAGUCACAGCAUGGCAGAGGAUACCUUCAAACACAACUGUCAGGGAGAGCCUGCUUGAACUUAUCUUCACCUGUAAACUCUGAUUUCUUUUGUUGAUCACUAAAAAUGUUGCAAGAGCUA